AUGACGGCGCUCGUCCUGGAGAUCGACCCGUGGAACCGGUCGAAUCACCUCGCAGUGCCUUACCCGACGAACUUCCACCCGGCCACGGCUGCCGACGUGCGCGCCUGGCAAGAGAAGGCGCUCACGUUGGAGCGCAGGUGGCUCUUCUCGUUCGUCGGCGCGGCGCGGCCCGGCAGCAACAAGACCGUCCGCGCGCAGAUUCUCCAGCAGUGCGGCGCGUCGAGCCGCUGCGGGAUGUUCCGGUGCAAGAAGGGGUCCGAGUGCGAGGCCGCGCCGGGCGCCAUGAUGCGCAUCUUCGAGAGCUCGAGCUUCUGCCUCCAGCCGCGCGGCGACACGACGACGCGGCGGUCCACGUUCGACGCCGUCCUGGCGGGGUGCAUCCCGGUGUUCUUCCACCCCGACUCGGCGUACACGCAGUACGCGGACCACAUCCCGGCGGAGCCCGAGAGGUGGUCGGUGCUCAUCAUGCACACCGACGUCACGGACCGGAACGUGAGCAUCGAGGAGACGCUCGCCAAGAUCCCGCCGGCGGCCGUGAAGGCGAUGCGCGAGGAGGUGAUCCGGCUCAUCCCGAGCUUGGUGUACGCGGACCCGAGGUCGACGCGUGUAGACUUCAAGGACGCUUUGGACAUUGCAGUGGACGUCGUCCUUGAUCGGGUGGCCAAGCGGCGGCGAGGGGAUGUCGGCGGACGCUGA